CAUUUCCAUCUCCUUGACUUGUUCAUCUGCAUUAUCUUCACUCUGCUCUUACUGAUUUCCAGCCUUGUUCUAUCUUAAUUCCAAUUCUCAAUUCAGUUUUUGUUUGUUUGUUUACUUUGAAUUGUUAUACUUUGAGCUCUUGAACUGCAAUUCUCAUGUCUUGGUUUUGAAAUGUUAAUUUGGUUGAAAACUUAGUAUUGUUUUUGAUUGUAUUGUGUUGAUCAAUGUUGCCACAAGAAAGCAGAAGCCUUUGUGAUGAUUUUGAAGUCACUGAUGUUCUUGGUAGAGGUGGUUUCUCAGUUGUGAGAAAGGGUGUGAACAAAUUCAGUGAAAGUAAUCGAUACGUAGCGAUCAAGACUCUCAAGAAACUAGGGUUUACUCCGACGGGAACGACAAGAAAUCAGACCAAUCUGAAGGGCUCAGCUUCUGGAUUGUCUGCAUGGAGGCAGGCCUCAAUUUCUGAUGCAUUGCUGACGAAUGAGAUCUUGGUCAUGAGGAAGAUAGUUGAAGAUGUUUCUCCUCAUCCCAAUGUUAUCCACCUGUAUGAUGUUUAUGAGGAUAGUAAUGGAGUUCAUCUUGUUUUGGAGCUCUGCUCUGGCGGCGAGCUUUUUGAUAGGAUAGUGUCUCAGAGGCAGUAUUCGGAGACAGAAGCAGCUCGAGUUGUUAGGCAGAUUGCUGAAGGGUUGGAAGCACUUCAUAAAGCCCACAUUGUUCAUCGUGAUUUGAAGCCGGAGAAUUGCCUAUUCUUGGACAAUAGUGAGCAUUCUCCGUUAAAGAUCAUGGACUUUGGUUUGAGUUCUGUGGAGGAAUUUACUGAUCCAAUUGUUGCGCUGUUUGGUUCGAUUGAUUAUGUCUCUCCUGAAGCUUUGGGUCAACGGAGAGUUUCCUCUGCUAGUGAUAUGUGGUCUCUUGGGGUCAUCUUAUACAUUCUUCUCUCCGGGUAUCCACCUUUCCAUGCACCAUCGAACCGUGAAAAGCAACAGAGGAUACUGGCUGGUGAUUUUAGCUUUGACGAACACACUUGGAAGACGAUCACUCCAUCAGCAAAACAAUUGAUUUCUAGUCUUCUAUCUGUUGAUCCUUUUAAAAGACCGACCGCUAAAGAUCUUUUGCAGCAUCCUUGGGUGAUAGGAGAUUCUGCAAAGCACGACGUCAUGGAUGCCGAGGUUGUUUCUAGGCUACAAAGAUUCAAUGCACGAAGAAAACUCCGUGCGGCAGCAAUAGCUAGUGUGUUGAGUAGCAAGGUUUUUCUAAGAACAAAGAAACUCAAGAGCCUUAUUGGAACCCAUGAUCUUUCCACAGAUGAACUUGAAAAUUUACGUUUACACUUCAAAAGGAUAUGUGCAGAUGGAGACAAUGCAACACUUCCAGAGUUUGAAGAAGUACUGAAAGCAAUGAAGAUGGACUCACUGAUCCCUCUUGCUCCCCGUGUAUUCGAUCUAUUUGACAACAACCGUGAUGGAACAGUCGACAUGAGAGAACUGCUCUGCGGGCUUUCAAGUCUAAAGAAUUCUCAAGGCGACGAAGCUCUGCAGAUAUGUUUUCAGAUGUACGACACCGAUCGGUCAGGGUCCAUAUCCAAGGAAGAAUUAGCAUCAAUGCUGAGAGCAUUGCCUGAGGAUUGUCUACCAGCUGAUAUUACCGAUCCUGGUAAGCUCGACGAGAUCUUUGAUCAAAUGGAUGCUAAUAAUGAUGGAAAGGUUUCAUUUGAUGAAUUCAAAGCUGCAAUGCUGAGAGACAGUUCUCUCCAAGAUGUUGUUAUGUCUUCUCUGAGACCUCAAUGACCUCUUCAUCUUUUUCUCUUGUCUUUUUUUUUUAAGUUUCUACUGAGGAACUGAAAGGAAGAUUUGAACUUCUUGAUGAUGAUGAUGAUGAUGAUGAUGAUGAUGUUUCAUAAUUGAAGAAUGAUGUUCUUAAACUGAUGGCAUGGCAAGUGUUCUAUAUGAUCACUUUCUGUGUUUCAUAAACAAGAAACAUCAAAAGAGAAAAUAAAAUUUUAUUU